GGCGGGGGGAGCGGGGACCGCGGGUCUGUUGGGCCGUGCCCGGCCCGGCCCGGGCCGUGCCCCCGGCCCUGCAGCGGGGCUGCUCGGGGGGCGCGGGGCCCGGUCCUCCGGUGAGGCGGGACCAGGCCGCGGGCGCGGCGGGCGGGCCCGGCCCCGGAAGCCGGUGCGGCGCCCGGAAGCGGCGCGGGCCGUGCGGGAAGGCGGGCGGCGCCAUGAGCUGCCUGCGGGAGGAGGACGACCCGUACGUGGUGGAGGAGCCCAGCGACGAGGAGCGAGCGCUCAGCAGCUCAGAAGAUGAGGUGGAUGUGCUCCUGCACGGCACUCCUGACCAGAAGCGGAAGCUGAUACGGGAGUGCCUGACUGGGGAGAGCGAGUCUUCCAGUGAUGAUGAGUUCCAAAAGGAGAUGGAUGCGGAGCUGAACACCACCAUGAGGACUAUGGAAGGCAAAUGGGCAUCACCAGAAACGGGUACUUCCUCAGAUACUGGGCAGACUGGACCUGCCACCACUUCUAAAUACUAUGAUGACAUUUACUUUGAUUCCGACUCAGAAGAUGAAGAUAAAAUAGGUACACAGGAUGUCCGGAAAAACAGAAAACAUCAGCAACGUCGGAUUCUUUCCAAUGAUGAACUGCUAUAUGACCCAGACGAAGACAGUAGAGACCAAGAGUGGGUAGACUCACAGAGGAGGGGGUACCGCAAUCAAAGGAGAGCGCCGCUGCAGCAGCAGACCAAGCCCUCAGCUGUUCCAAACAGUGAUGCUGUUUUGAAUUGCCCGGCUUGCAUGACAACCUUAUGCUUGGACUGUCAGAGACAUGAAUCUUACAAAACACAAUAUAGAGCAAUGUUUGUGAUGAACUGCACUGUUAAUAAAGAGGAAAUUCUGAAAUACAGAAAGAAAGUAAAGAGAAGAACUAAGAAGAUGAAGCACAGCAAAGAAACUACCUCUAUACAAUCAAACCAAGAAGAGGAGGAAGUGUAUCAUCCUGUAUUAUGUACUGAAUGCUCAACUGAAGUGGCUGUGAUGGAUAAAGAUGAAGUUUUUCACUUCUUCAAUGUUCUAGCCAGCCAUUGCUAAUGUGCAAAAGCAGAGGGAAAAAAUCCUGCACUCUUUUAAGACUGUGUGAAAUGUAGGCAUCUUAGCCUUUUUAAAAUAUGGUCAUUUAAAUGUAUGUUUUCGUCAGAAAACUUCAUAAUGGUUGUAUUUUUGCAAAGUUGAAAGGGAGUACAGUUGGCUGCAUGCAUUUGAAGACAAUACUCUUUCACACCAUCAGGUGGUUCCAUCAUUGAGGGUUUAAAAUUUUGUAAAUAUAGUGUAUUAUGAUCAUUCCUUGUAUAUACACUACCUAUUAUUUCAGUAUGUAUUAGAACUGCUGCUUAGAAUAAAUUCUGUGUAGUAACUGGUUCUCCAUAGCUGCAUUGGUCAUUUCUAUGGCAUGUGGUAAACAUCUCUUACUUGGUGUGUUUGGCUUCUUUAGGCUGGUAUUCGUAGAUUUGCACACAAGUAGGUCUGAUAAAGAAGGAAUUGUUGUUCUAUUUGGAUUUUUGGCCUGUUAAAAUCUCAAAAAUAAAAGCUUCUUAUACAGAGUGGAAGAUA